AUGGAUCUGAAUAAAGCGACGAUGAUAUUCGCAACUUUUUGGAUAAUGUUUCCUGUGCUUGAUUUAGUGCACUUCUCAAAGGCAGAUGCGAUCGCACAGUCUCGCUCGGUUCGGCUGGACUGCGUUAGGGCUCAUGAACAGUGUUUGGGAAAGUACGGAUGCAGCACCAAGUACCGCACUAUGAGACAGUGUGUGGCCGGGAGAACCGGUAACUUCAGCAUGCUGGCUGAACCAGAGGCGCAGGACGAGUGCAGGAACGCCAUAGAGUCGAUGAAACAGAGUCCUCUGUAUGACUGCAAGUGCAGGAGAGGAAUGAAGAAAGAAAAGAACUGCCUGCGCAUCUUCUGGAGUAUAUAUCAAAGUUUACAGGCUAAUGACUUAUUGGAAGACUCGCCAUAUGAGCCCGUAAACAGCCGUCUGUCUGAUAUUUUUCGUCUGGCUCCCAUCAUAUCAGGUGAAGCGGCCUUUACCAAGGACAACAACUGCCUGAAUGCUGCCAAGGCCUGCAACCUGAAUGACACAUGUAAGAAGUACCGCUCCUUGUACAUCAGCCCCUGCACCAGUCGAGUCUCCACUACUGAAGUGUGUAACAAGCGCAAGUGCCACAAGGCCCUGCGGCAGUUCUUCGACAAGGUGCCACCGAAGCAUAGCUAUGGCAUGCUUUUCUGCUCCUGCCCCUCCGGGGAUCAUUCGGCUUGCUCCGAGCGCAGACGUCAGACCAUCGUGCCAGCCUGCUCCUACGAGGACAAGGAAAAGCCCAACUGUCUCUCCUUGCAAGCCUCCUGCAAGACCAACUACAUCUGCAGAUCUCGUUUAGCUGACUUCCUCACUAACUGUCAACCUGAGGCCCGCUCGAUAUCAGGGUGUCUGAAGGAAAACUAUGCUGACUGUCUGCUGGCAUAUUCAGGGCUCAUUGGUACGGUGAUGACCCCGAACUACCUCCGCGCACCUGGCAUCAGCGUGUCACCUUGGUGUGACUGUAGUAACAGCGGAAACGGAAAAGCAGAGUGUGACAAGUUCACCGAGUUUUUCACCAACAACCGUUGUCUCCGCAAUGCCAUCCAGGCAUUUGGCAAUGGCACAGAUGUAGGAGUGUGGCAACCCCAACCACCCAUCAUGUCCACUCCAGCUGACCCCUACACCCCCCCAAAAGGACGCGACAGGACAUCCAACGCCCUGGAUGACCCAACACUCACCAAUGACCUCGACAGCAAUGCAGACCAUCUCUACAGCUUCUGUGGAAGCCUGCAGGCUCAGAAACUGAAAAGCAAUGUUACUCUGGACGUUCUUUGUGUGGAUCAGCAGCUGAAUGACCCCAGUAGCUUUAAUGCAAUCACUCGGAGCUCGACUAGUGCUGUCUGUCUGGUGGACUGGACUGUUCUUCUGCUGCUGUCUCUGCUCUCAAUUCUUCACCUCGACCAUCUUACAGCCUCACAAACUGUAUAG